CUUAUUUGAAUUCGCCUUGAUAAGAAGCAAAGAGCGGUUUUUUAUAUUAUUUGUUGUAUAAUUUUCCUACGAUUAACACAUAAUACAUAAAACAAGAGGAGUUGCUACUUUCUAUUUUUCUGUGCUUUCUUCAAAAUUAAAGAUGUUCAAACAAGUUGUAAACUGUAGCCGUUUGUUGGCCAGACGUGGUAUGAGCCAAUCAUCUUCCACACCGGGACAGGUGAAUAGCUAUUCUCCCAACAAUUUGGAAAAAAGAUUUUUGGUAUGGACUGGCAGGUACAAGUCUUUGCAAGAGGUGCCCAAUUUAGUUAGUGCUGAGGUUAUGGAACGUUGUCGCAACAAGGUGCGUAUUCGUUUAGCCAACAUUAUGAUGAUUCUAACCGUGGUCGGUUGUGGCAUUAUGGUUUACAGUGGCAAAGAAGCUGCCAAACGUGGUGAAUCUGUAACUAAACAAAAUCUCGAAUGGCAUAAGAGAUAUAAUGAACUUCAUGCCACUAAGGAUGCUAAGGAAUAAGUAACAGUUUUUAACAUUUAACUGUAAUUAGAAAUCCUAGCUAUUUAUUUACUUAUUUCCCUCGAUUUUUAUUUUUAUUACUAACUAUUGCAUAAAUAUGUUUAAUAUAUAUUUUUUUUUAGAUGUUUAUUAACAUGAAAAUGAUAAUAAUGUUUACAACUUUAAAGCGAAAUAAAGCUUAACCUAGUUAUGGUAAACUUUUAAGUAAA